CAGCAGUCAAUCACUUCUCACUAAAACAAGAAAUCAUCUCACAAGAAGAAAGAAUACUGUCUAUCAAGGAAAGGAAUCAUGAAGACUCUACUCUCACUCUUCUGUCUGGUUACUUACCUGACCUGUGCUCUCAGUGCUAAUGGCUGGCCAGUCUCUCUUGACAUGGCUUGUAAUAAAGCUCUUUCUACAGUUGCUUGCUCUUUUGAGUUUACCAACAAUGCAAAUGAGGAUCUUUAUCUACUGAAACGUAACACUCCUCUUGAAGGACUCAACUCUCAAUUUGUCUCUGUCUCUCUUGAUGGUCGUCCACUGGAAUAUGAAGGUAUCUACAUUUAUCGUCUCCCUCCUACAAAGGAUGAGUUUGUUCUCUUGAAGGCAGGUGAGAGUAUUUCUGCAACAGUCCAAAUCACUGAUGCCUUUAGCAUUGAUACUGAUGGUCUCUACACUGUACAAUACAGUAGACCUUUACAGUAUCUGUCAGUGAAUGAGAUGAGUGUAAUGUCUGUUGAUCAGCUCAGGGAAUCGAUUGUACGUGAAUCCGUUCAUAUUCAUUUGGAAAGGACUCAUCUUCUCUUAAGGCCAAAAAAAGAAAAAGUCGAAUUUGAUUACACAGUCUACAUUGAAUCCUGUACUGCUGCUGAAUUUAAUGGUAACAGGGAAAAUAACGUUACACUGGCAGCCCACAAGAAGCUCUGUGCUGGAAUCGAUAAAGCUAAAGGCAGAGUUGGUAACAACAAUCUAUACGUUACAUGGUUUGGUGCAUACACAGAAGCAAGGGAAAAAACAGUUAAAAAAGUGUACAGUAGUAUGAGAAGUAAACUAGAAAGCACAUCGGUCACAUAUUACAACAAUGGCCCAAAGUGCGAGGGCAAACCUAGAGCAGUAGCAUACACAUACAGACCAUCAAAAGUGGUAUAUCUCUGUGAAGCAUUCUACAGAUUGCCACUAGCUUGUAGUGGUACUAGCUCCACUAAGGAGGGCACACUGGUACACGAAUGGGCUCAUGCUUUUGCUGAUCGAUCUGAUGAAGGAUAUGGUCCCGAUAAUUGUAAGGGUUUUGCUCGUGAUGAUCCUGAUAAAGCAAUCAAUAAUGCUGACAAUUUCAAAUACCAUUAUUGUGAGAGUCAGUAAUGGAGCUCAUCAGCUAAAAGCCAAGAACUUUAGGACUCAUGCAACACUAUAGGACAUGCACAGUUUAUUUUUGCUUACCUGUAAUAUUACAUUUUUGAUUAAUUAGUUAUCUUGGCUUAUAUUAAAACAGUUAUUUGAAAU